CGGGCACUGUUCGGUCGCAGCUCUCGAGCGGGACGCCCGGCCUUCCAGUGCCAUCGGUGGCAAUGGAAGAGCUCGACGAGGUCGAGGUGCUCUGGCCGGAGUACUGCAGCAGCCACACGCAGCCUGAAGCUCCCAACAAGUCACUGCCGGCGGCGGCGAUCAUGCCGAUGUCGCGCCCCAGGCAGCGAUGCGCGGCGCUGUCUCGGCCGGUGGACGUUCCAAGCAGGGGUGCCGUGCUCGUGAUACGGUGGACAGAUGGUAGUCAAGAUGACUUGGAGGUCGACAGUUGCGACGGCGGCAGCAGGAUCAUCGUGCCGCCGCACCUGCUGGUCUCCGGCGGGGAGAGUGCCACAGUGGCGUGCGCGUCGCUGCGGUCGGGCCGGCAGCGCAUGCGGGCGCGUGACCUGCGGCACCUGCGCAACUCCGUGCUGCGGAUGACCGGCUUUAUUGAAGGAUGACGACAUGACUGCCUCGCCGGCCUUGGUGUGUUGGUGGUUUGGUGGCCUGGUGGUUUGGUGCUCGGAAGUUGGGGGCAAACCUAUGUAUUACUUCAAUUCGUACGGAUGUGCUCGUUAAUAGGCAUUUCUCGAACUCGAUAAUAUCCGUCAAUCCCUGCAGUUCCCUUGAGGAGCGUUGUUUUUUCUUUCUUCAUCCAACACUACAAACGAAAUAAAAAAAGACACUAUUUCAUUUA